AUGGCAACAAUGGCGCCCUCAUCUGCUCUGCUGCCACUGCUCCUGCUCCUGCCCCUGCUUCUCCUCUCCGUCGCAUGUACUGCAGGCGCGGCACCGGCAGCAACAGCAACGGUACCAACGAUACCAUCCCAGCCCGGCAAGCCGAACUCGAACAACAAGCAGAAGCAGGGGGGCGCGCCGCUGGGGCCGGCGGUGCGCGCGCUGGUGCAGUCCACCUGCAACGCCACCACCUACUACGACCUGUGCGUGGCCGCGCUCGUGGCGGACCCGGCCAGCUCCACCGCCGACCUCCGCGGCAUGUGCGCCAUCGCCGUCUCCGCGGCGGCCGCCAACGCCUCCGCCACCGCGUCGGCGCUCGCCAACACCACCUGGGCCGCCUCGGGCGCCCCGGAGACGGGCAGCGACGGGCGCGCGCAGCAGGUGCCGGCGCUCCUGACGCGGACUUGCGCCGGCAAGUACGGCGAGGCGCGGGAGGCGCUGCUGGAGGCCCGGGAGUCGGUGGGCGAGGAGGCGUACGACUACGCGUUCGUGCACGUGGGCGCCGCCGCCGAGUACCCCGCGGUGUGCCGGACGCUGUUCCGGAGGAAGCGGGUGCCCUACCCCGUGGAGCUGGCCCGGCGGGAGCAGGCGCUGGAGCACCUCUGCACCGUCGUCAUCGACAUCAUCACGCUCCUCGCCUAG